AUAUGUUGCUCUCGUUCAUUCGUUUUGGGCUUGCUUUGCUUGCUUGUUGAAGGAGUAAAUGAGCUUGAGGCGCUUUAUUGCGAUUAAAAUUAAUUUUUAUUUAAUUUUAUAUGAAUUAAAUUAAUGUGUUACAUAUUCAAUUCUAUCGUAUUAUGAAGAAUGGAAUGUACACAUUUAUUAGAUAACGUCAAGGUGGAUGAUUUCAACGUUGAGGACACGACGAUCACAAAGAACUUCAAUUGUUCAGAAUGCGCAGUAGAAGAUCAGAACUGGUUGUGCCUGCAAUGCGGGGUAGUGAACUGUGGCCGAUAUAUCAAUGGGCAUGCGAAGCUGCAUGCUGAAACUCUUGAUCACCAGCUUUGUAUGAGCUGUGAUGUAUAUUCCGUUUACUGUUACAAAUGUGAUGACUAUGUAUCAAAUGAUUUGGAAUAUAACCCAAUAGAAAAAAUAAGGCAAAGUAUUAUGCAACUAAGGAGGCAACAUGACAUACAAACAAAUGGUAAUAUAGAACAAAGUGAAGAUAAUAGCAAGGAUGGCAGUGAGGGUGGUAACAGCAGUGUCUCAAACACUUCUUUUAUUGAAAAACCCUUGUCCAAUGGCAGCGGUGAUGAUUCAAGACCUGCUCAAAGUAUGCCCAUGAUAUCAUUUGGUGAUUUACCCACACUUGAAUCCAGUGAAAAUAAGCCUUCAAAAAGUAUUAAGAAUGCAGAGGAACCAGUACGUAGUCUAAGGCCUCGUUCUCGUAAGAGAACACAUUCGGACGACAGCAGCUCCACCGAGAACAACACAACACAAGUACCUAGAAGUAAAGAAAAGAAAUCAUCACCAUGUAACGGCAAAACUCUACGGGAAAAGAAAAUUGUAGGAUUAAAGAAUUUAGGCAAUACAUGUUUCAUGAAUGCAGUACUACAAAGUCUUAAUAAUAUACAGGAGUUUAGUUGCUAUUUUAGUCAGCUGCCAUUAGAAAUUAAGACAAACGGACGGAAGGUGUAUCAUUCAAGAAGUUAUACACGGCAGGAAAUGCAUGAUGUUGUUAUGGCUGAGGAACUGAGAAAGGUGUUAAUAAACCUGAACAGCGGGUGCGGUUCCAAGGGAGCUAUAUCUCCGGAAUGCUUAUUCCUUGUCAUUUGGAAGGUGGUGCCUCGGUUCAGAGGGUACCAACAGCAGGAUGCACAUGAAUUCUUGCGUUAUAUGUUAGACAGACUGCACACGGAGUUGCAGCAGCUGCUGCCGGGCGAGCGCGCCGCCUCCGCCUCCAUCGUCACGGCCGUGUUCGGCGGCACGCUGCAGAGCGAGGUUCGGUGUCUGGCGUGUGGUACGGACAGCAAGAAGUUUGAUCCGUUCCUGGAUCUAUCUUUAGAACUACCGGAGACAGGACGACAUGACGCACCUGUUUCCCUUACCGACUGCUUGGCUAGCUUCGUACAGGUUGAAGAGUUAGCAGACACGGAACGCUACUUUUGCAGCAGUUGUAAAUGCAAACAGAAGUCGACAAAACAAUUCUGGAUACGACGACUUCCGAACGUACUUUGUUUACACCUCAAGAGAUUCCGGUGGCAUAAUUACUUUAGGACUAAGGUGGACACGAGCAUAUCGUUCCCGCUGCGCUCGCUGGACAUGUCGGGCUUCGUGCUCAGCAACGUGCCCGACACGCGCCGCUCGGGGCUCGGGAACAACCUGUACGACCUCGCCGCGGUCAUCGUGCAUCAUGGAUCCGGGGCUGGUUCGGGUCAUUACACCGCUUUCGCGAUCAACGAGGAGCAGUGGUUCCACUUCAACGACCAGACGGUCCGCGCGGCGGAGGCGGCGGCCGUGGCGGGCUGCAAGCCCUACAUCCUGUUCUACAUCCGCCGCGAGCUCAACCUGCCGCGCGCGCAGCCCACGUGACCCGCGCGGCCCGCCUGACGCCCGCCCGCCUGACCCCCGCCCGCCUGACCCACGUGACCCGCCACACUCCCGCGCCGCAUAGUGCGGCUUAGGAUCUUGGUGUACCUAUUUAAAAAGUUAAAUAUCUCAGUAUUGAAAAAAAAAGAACAAAAAUGACCGUUAUCAUUAUUAUUGACUUGACAUUUUUUGGCUUCUGGUUAUCGCGAUUAUCUGUGCUUUUAUAUUGUUUUUACUAUACGCAGUGAGAAGGAAGGGAGCUGUUUGACGUAAGUCAAACGUUUAGGUAGAAAAAAUAUUCCAACCCCUGCCGGCCUGGCUUGUCACUCAAAUCUUGUUGGGCCUCUAUGUACUACAAACUAUGCGAAUACAAACAAUACUUUCAACGACACUCCAAAAGUAGGCCUUAUUGUAGAUAUAACUAGGUCAAUACUUCGACAAAACCAUUGAGUAUUUACUUCAUCUUUUAGAAACAUGUUUUGAGUGUGGGGAUGAGUAUGUGUGAUAAUAUAUUGCAGUGAUUAGAAAAUGUAUUCGAAAAUGAAAUCAUGUAAUAAUAUAUUUUUCCUGAUUAUUUAACUUAUUGGAAUAUUAAAAGUUCUUACUGCCGUGGCA